CUUCCUCCAAGAAAUUUUUAAAGAUAUUUUACAACUGUGGAUUUCCUAAGGAAGUCAUAGAAGAUGCCAUGGCAUGUGUUACCCCAGAUGCACUGACCUAUAAAUAAUCCACUGCUAAGAACAUUCACCUGGUGCUCACUUAUCAUCCUAUGUAGCAAUGGCUACAAUUAUAUGUAUAAAAAAAAUCCUUUAUAAACCUCCAGGAUGAUCCCAAGCUUGUUCCUCUUUUUAGUGAACCUCCUACCUUCUACAGAUGGAACAACCAUCUGAAACACCAAAGACACAUGAAAUAAAUGAUCUUUCAGUUAAAAGUACAGUACACAAUCAUGUAACCAGUGCCUAAAUUGGAUUGGAGUGCAGAAAAGAGCAGCUCUGAGGCUUUGGCUCAGAGCAAGAAAAACAGCAAGAAGUGCUGUACUCCAGUAUAAUUUCUUGGAAAAAUAAGUGAUAAAAUGUCAUAAUGAUAAUUGCGAUAAGCCUAACCUUAAUUUAAAGACUUUUAUUAUAUUGUAUCAUGUAUCAGAAAAAAUGUUGAUAUUAUUUUGAUGACAACAUUUUUUUAAAAGCCUGAGGUCCAGCCAUUCAGUCGAACCCCUAGGACAAAAACAGAUAGAGGUAAAUUGUUAACAAUGUUAAAAAUUCAUAUAAUAAGUUGACCGGUAGUAUUAAAGUGAUUGCACAGCGGCAGAACUAAGGGGUGGCCUGGGGUGGCCAUGGCUACUCCUGAAAUACCCCAUUUAGCUCAGUUACACUUUUGGUGAAUGAGUGCUAUUCAUUUCAUGAUAACUUUCAGUAUGCGAUUAAUGGGAAAUGGCCCUGUCAUUUUGUUUUCAUAUGUUGCUAGAAAAAAUUAAUGUCAGGCAUCUAGCAUCCAUCUUGUAACAGCUCCCCCUCUUGUCACUAAAGGGUCCCAUGGAGCAAACUUGUGAAGGCUGGCAACAGAUGCGUUUCAGGCAAAAAUAUUGCAUACUGGGCAGUGAAUCCAUCAGAUCAGUGCAUCUUGAUGGGUCUUGAUGUCACAGGGAUACAAAAUUCAAUUUGGCCUCCAACCCCCAACCUCCACAUUGAAGGUGGUCUAUUUGGCCAUCAGUUUUUUCUUCUGAGACAUCCAAGAUCUUGGAAAGGUUUGGCAAGGUACAAGUGUAUCUCUUUCCGAUGCCAAGUCAACACAUUGCUGAUUGUGGUUCUCAGCUGUCUCCACCAUCUACUACUUGUCCUCCUCUACCACUGGUUCUUCCCACAUUACACAGAAUUCUGCAGCUAGGCCACAGAGUUCUGCUUGUGAUCCUGAAAUGGCUGGUAAGACCUCGGUUUCCCAAGCAGAGCUGUUGUCCCAUAUGGCUGGAGAAAUUAUGCACAGGUCAUCUGUGCUUGUAGAUUUGAAUAUUGAACUGAAGGCUGGACCAUAGCAGUCCAAGAAACAUUCCAACACAAGAGUCCCGAGUAGACAGGCUUAGUAUGCUAAGGUGGAAGCUAUUCUGUGAAUGGUGUGCAUAUCAUUGACUGGUGCAUUGCCCAAUUCCCAAAAUGCUACCUUUCAUAAAUGUAUGGCAGCUUUUCUCAACAGUGUGAGUUGCCUUCAUCCACCACAAUUUCACAUGAGCCCACCAUGGGCUCUCUGUCUUUUGUUGGAGUCCAUUAAGACCCUGCUUUACGAGCCUAUGCAAGCUGACAAAUUGGCAUGGAUGUCUCUCUUAAAAGUGUCUCUCUUUUUUUGCUAAUAAUCACUUCAACUAAAAAAAGUAUGACAACUGUACGUUCUGCUGCUAAGCUCACCUUGUGUCUGGUGGUCAGAAGACUUUGAAGCGACUUUGUGGUUGGACCCAGGAUUUCUGCCCAAGGUCAUAUCACCCAAUGUUGUACAUCAACAGAUUUACCUUGCAGUGUUCCAUAAAACGCCAGCCUGCAGAGCAUUCCUUGUUGUGCCCUAUGGUACUCUUUAAACUGGAAGGUGGCCAUCCAUUCCUCAGACCAACUGUUCAUCUGUCACCGAGGGACUCUCUUGGUGGACAUGACUACCAAGCCCCUACUCUGACAUGUCUCCUGAUGGACAUUACUCAAAGACAUGCUGCUUCAGGAAGUCUGCACUGCUAAGUUAUCCAGGUGAUUCUUACUGCCCCUGUUAGUUAGGAGUGCUAAACUGGAAUGCUAAUGACAUCUGUAAAUAUGGUUCUGUAUACCUCCAGCUAACUGCUAGGGUUCCUUGUAAUUCAUAGCACCAACCUGGCAAUAAGCUUCCACUAAAAGAUACCUGUAUGAUAAUGAUAUUUAUUACAAAUACUGCAUCGCAUGUCACACUGCAGUGUUAACGGAUUUGGUGGCCAGGUGUUUUUUUUUUCUCUUGUUGUUGUAAUAUACAAACUGCAGACUUCUAAAAAUUUAAUUCAUGCAUGCUUUAAUACAAUUUUAUAAAAACAUAACAACCUGCAAAAAUAAUGUUUCAAAGCAAGCAGGUUGACUUAUAACCCAACAGCCUACAUUUAAAACAAAUUAUCCAUCUGUGGCCAAUUAGCCAGUGUAAAUAUAGAAAUAUAUAUGUGUGUAAAUAUAAAUAUGCAAGCAGUAGGAGGAGUGUAACUGAGGGAAAGGCUCGAGGUCUGUGUGUGUGUGUGUGUGUGUGUGUGUGUGCACGUGUGUACUAGAGCCAUUAGCGCGGAUUCCACAUACACACACACUCACACCCACACACACACACACAUACAUGCGCACAGUUGGAUUUCUGUACCGUAUUUAACACUCUUUCUGUUUGUAUUUUAAAAUAUCGGAAAUGUGCAAUAUUGAUAUAUUGGGACACACUUCCAGCGGCUUUUAAAGGACCAGCGGAUUAAACAAACAACAACAACAACAAAAAACCUCAGAAAGUUUUUGCCCCCUUUUUUCUGGUUGGUGGUGGAGUUGUUUCCUCAUUUUUUCUCAGUUUUUUCUGCAUUGAUGAUGAUGAUGUUGAAGAGGAGGAUGACUCUUUAUCAGUCUGGCAUGAUGCUGUGUGAGAUUUCCGUGUGUUUAACCGCUGACUGAGUCUGGAUGAGUAACAAACCGCACGCAAACCGCACGCACCGCGCGUUACGCACCGCAGAGUGAACUUUACCGGAGUUUGAUUUAUGUUUGUUUGUUUGUUUGUACUUGUUAUUGCUGCUCCGACUGAAAGAGAGAAACGGUUUGUGUGUGUGUGUGUGUGUGUGUGUGUGUGUGUGUGUUCGUGUCGUGAUUCCUGCACAAGAAGAUCAGCACAGACAGAAGGAUGGCGAGGAGAAAACAGAGAGAACCCAGGAAAUCUGCAGCUUAUCUUCCACUGGUCGAGAUUGAAGCAGCCACUUUCGAAGACAAGCAACUUCAACAUGACAGUCUCGCGUUGGACGGGCAUGGACGAUACGUAUUCAGUGAGAAAGAGGAAGAGGAUGCAAAAGAGUCGCUGAGAUUCCAAUACUCCCCUAACAGUAAUGGCACCAACCCAGAUACUGGCUAUCUAUCCCCACUCAGUGACACCAGUGAUCAGAUCCCUGAUUUUAAGAGCAUUUCUUCGAAAGAAGGACACGAAGAGGAAGAAGCACAGAGCAGCUCGGACAACAGCGUUCUGGAUAACCUAGCUCGGACAAAAGCCAUCUGUGAGAAUCUGAUCUCUGAUGCCGCUUGGUCCAGUGUUGUGAUGAAUAUCAAGAAAAGCAGGUCAACUACAUCCAGUGCAGCUAGCAUGAUGAAUACCAGUGGCAAUUACAUAAUUAACAGACCAAGCAAUCACAAUCAAACAAUCCUUAACGGAAAGGCAGAAAGCAGUUCAAAUGGCUGUACAGUUAAUAAUUGCAACAUUAAGGCUUCGAACGGUGCCGGUAUAGUUUACGACUGGCAUCAGGCUGCUGUAGCCAAAACACUCCAACAAACUCAUCACCACUUAUCACAAGAGCCAAGCCUGUUCAGCACAGUGCAGCUGUACCGGCAAAAUCACAAACUCUACGGCUCCGUUUUGACUGGUGCUAGCAAGUUCAAGUGCAGGGACUGCAGUGCUGCAUACGAUACACUAGUAGGUCUUACAGUUCACAUGAACGAUACUGGUCAUUACCAUGAUGACAACCAAGAGAAAGAAGAGGAGAAUAAUGGCAAACACUGGUCGAAGCCGCGCAAGCGUUCAUUGUUGGAGAUGGAGGGCAAAGAGGAUGCCCAGAAAGUACUGAAAUGCAUGUUCUGCGGCCACUCCUUUGAUUCUUUACAGGACUUGAGUGUCCACAUGAUUAAGACUAAGCAUUACCAAAAAGUGCCUCUUAAAGAGCCUGUGCCAGCCUCGGCCACCAAACUGGUGCCAUCAGCCAAAAAAAGAUUCCUUCAUGAUUCCCUAAUUUCCCCUUGCUCCCCAAAGUCAUGUUCCAGCAGAGUGGCCUCAGUGGUUCAGAUGAAGGGCACUGUUAAUCCUUACGUUACACCAAACAACCGCUAUGGCUACCAGAACGGUGCAAGCUACACUUGGCAGUUUGAGGAACGCAAAGCGCAAAUUCUCAAGUGCAUGGAGUGUGGGAGCUCCCAUGAUACACUGCAGCAACUCACAGCCCACAUGAUGGUCACAGGUCACUUCCUGAAGGUCACAAACACUGCACUGAAGAAGGGAAAGCAGCUAGUGUUUGAUCAAAGUAUGGAGGAAAACAUACAGUCAAUUCCAUUACCUCCUACAACUGCUAUUCUAAAACUCAGGUCAGUGUCCCCUGCACUGUCUUCUGGUUCAGAGGCCAAGAAGGAGAUAGAGGAGGUUAGUGAGCCUGUAGAGAAAAAAAUCAAGGAGGAGAUGGAAGAGGUCGGUAUGGAUUCCACAUCAUACAAGUACCUUAGAGAGGAAGACCUUGAGGAGACUGCUAAAGGAGGGAUGGACAUUCUGAAGUCUCUGGAGAGCACAGUGUCCAGUGCCAUCAAUAAGGCUCAGACAGGUACGCCCACCUGGGGAGGAUACUCCAGCAUCCACGCCGCUUAUCAACUUCAGGGAGCUGCAAAGUCAUCUAUACUUCCUCCAGUGGUUCAAAGUGUGCAGGCAGUCAUCAACAGCAACUUUCAAUCACUCGAAUCUGAUCCUGGAUCACUAAUUUAUAUAACCCCCAGACAGUCAUUGCCCUUGUCCCUCAGGAACAAUGUAUCUACCAUGGAGGAGCUGCUGGACAAGGUCUCAGGAAAGUCCCUGCUAAAGGAAGAGAGGGAAGAAAGGAUGGGGAGUGCAGAUGCAGCCAAAUCAACAUCACCAUUACUGAGAGAAAACAAAGUUAGUGUUGAUACAAAGGCAAAUGGAGGUAUGUGUAAACUGGAACCUAUGGAGAUGUUAGUAGAAACCCAGAGUAAGAACCAUAGUUUAGAAUUAGGCAAAGCACCCAUCGAUAAUGACCACAGUUUAGGGAUGUUUAAUGAUGAUUCAUUUGAGAGGCCUUUUAUCAGCCCUCUUAAUUCACUACAGUUAGUUGUGAACACACACCUUCCCAAAGCCUCCAAGGUGGUCAGCUCAUCCUCUGAUCCACUCUCAGUGUUAUACAAGAUCAGCAACAGGGUGGUAGACAAAACUGCCCACCAUUCAGCAUCUGAAAAGCAAUAUGGGGUGCCUGACACAGAUUUCUACAAGGACAGUGACCAGCCUAUAGAUCUGAGAAAAUGCAAAAGCAGUACUGGCAGCAUCAAUAAAGAAAGCGUUAUCAACACCAACAGCCUCAAGGUAAUAAACAACAAAUCUAAUGGAAGCCGGCCUCAUCACCCAGGCUUACCUCUCUCAGAUCCUCUAAACCAACGGGAAAAUGCCCUCAUGGACAUCUCAGACAUGGUAAAGAGCCUCACUAGCCAGCUCACUCCCAAGUCCUCCACUCCACCAUGCCUUUUAGCAAAAUCUGACACGGAUGGAAGUUCAUGCGAGGAUCCACUGGAGAACUUUUCUCCCGUGCAGAAGCAAAACGGUCGUCAGUCCAACUGGAACCCUCAGCACCUUCUCAUUCUUCAGGCUGAGUUUGCUUCAAGCCUGAGACAGACACCAGAAGGUUGCUACAUCGUAACAGACCUCUGUCCUCAUGAACGUGUGAAAAUCUGCAAGUUCACAGGUCUCUUAAUGACCACUGUCUCACACUGGCUUGCUAAUGUGAAGUACCAGCUGCGUAGGACAGGAGGGACCAAGUUUCUGAAGAACCUGGACUCCAGGAAUCCAUUGUUUCUUUGUGGAGAGUGUGAUUCAAAAUUCAGGACUCCUUCCGCUUACGUUAACCAUCUGGAGUCUCACCUCGGCUUUAGCCUCAAGGAAAUGUCCAAGAUGUCUCCGAGGUGAAUCCCGGAAAAAAAGAAACACGUCUGACUCGUAGAGUCAUCAGAUCAUCUGUUAUUUCUUACCCUACGUUCACACUAGUGAGUGACAAAGUAAUAGAUGACCACUGCAUGACUCAACACUUCAAACUAUAUUUGAAUUAAUAUUUUCUCAAUUUUAUGCAAAUUAGUUAUGAUGCAGUAAUGGGCGAAUCCAAAGGCAUGCCUCGACAAAAUUCAUCGCACUAAUCCGACCGAUCCGUAUACUUUGACUACUACCAUUUCCUCUCAGAAGAUUUACAGGCCACGCCCACAAGCCAAACUGGGAGAAAUAUCAGUGGCUUGUUACUUGCUAGUGUGAACGCAGGGAUAAUGUUUCGGAAGAUGCGCAGGGAUGUUGUUGCACUUUUUCUCCAUCAUCCAGGUGAUUUCGAAGUGUCAAGUGAUACUGAAAUAAAAAGAUUUGAAGACGUUUCUGCGCUCAGUCCCAGUCAGGUGACCCACUAGCACUACAUACUUCCUGCACUAAGCCAUCGUAGCGGAAAUGAAAUUUACUUUCAGUUCUAAAACUGCUGUAUCUCAUUUGUUUGUAUUCUCUUAACGUUUCGCUUUUUAACUCAAUGUUAAAUGUAUUUAUAUUCUAUUUGUCUGAUCGGUGCAUGUGAUGGUUGACUACUGAGUUAAUGAAAGCAAAAUUUGGGCAAUGUUUAAAUAGAAUUUAAAAAAAAAAACAUGAAAUAGUAUGUCACGUUCGAUCUACUUUUGUAGCGGGCAUUUUGAAAAGAAUUGAAUACACAUUCAUACAAAUUCUCCAGAAAGCGUUUGUUGAUCUUUUGCUUGUUUGUGUCUUAAAUUUGAGUGAAAAAUUCGCAGCCCCACACACGCUUUUACAGGAAAAAAAGAAGUGAAAAUAAAUUUAAUAAUAAUGAAGUGUGUGUUGGUUUUCAGACAUGGUGGGGUAUACGUAGGAUGAAUGGCCACAUUUUGAUUUUACUGCAAUGGCUUCAUAGUUGCAUUGUAGUUCCAAAUACUCAAGAGCAUUGUGUGUGGGGAGUGUGUGUUUCAAUCCACAAUGAUGUUGUACAAAACAGAAGCUUUACUCUGAAUUAGAUACACUGGACACA